AUGAAAACUCAAACUCCCGUGACAGCAAAAUCAGGAGCAUGUCUUAUUACACCAAUUUCAAGACCUGAUUGGGAACUAGACAAUCGUGAUGUACAACUACUACAAAAAAUUGGUCAAGGUAACUUUGGUGAUGUUUACCGUGGUGUAUAUAAUGGAAAUGAAGUUGCAGUGAAAACUUGUCGUGUCGAUAUGACAGCAUCAGAUUUACGUCGGAAAUUUCUCCAAGGUGAAACAACUGCAUUAAAUUUCAAUCAUCCAAAUAUUGUCAAAUUAGUUGGUAUUGCAGUUCAAUCUUAUCCAAUUAUGAUUGUGAUGGAGUAUGUUCCAGGUGGUUCUCUUUUAAAUCAUUUACGUAAAUCAAAAAAUGCAUUACCUGUUAUGAAACUACUUCAAAUGAGUUUAGAUGCUGCUAAUGGAAUGAUGUAUUUAGAAGCGAAAAAUUGUAUUCAUCGGUAA